AUGGAGACCAAAAAUGUCACCCAGCCACGCUAUCGCAAGGUUGAAAUCGAGAUCCCCCUCCCAUCCAUACGACGGUAUAAGCCCGGCUCUGGACCUCCUCCCCCCCAGAUAUCCUUACUACCACCGCGCGACUCGACUGCAUACAUCAUCGACCAGUUCGUUUUGCCUACCGACGAGGAUGCCACUCUCACGUCCCGGCGACUCAUAUACUACCACGUCGGCUUCACAGACCUACCGCACGUCAAGAUCCUCCUCCCAUGUACUGAGGUGUUGGACUAUGUUUCACCUCGUGAGCUCGAGGAAUGGGAGUACCACAAUUGGGAGCGAAAGAUGAAGGAGAGGGUACGCAAGCAAGAAGAAACGAAGCGCACAGGACGUCCACGUAAGAAAAGAAUUGUUGAGGCUUCUGAGCCACAGGCCAAGACUGCCAAUGCUCCAACAUUAAGCUCCGCAGACGACGCGCUCUUGCUCUCUCGAGAGGUUGCCGGCCCUUCGUUAUCAACACCGCAGAAAAGAAAACUCAGUGCGAUGCUGGAGGAGGAGAAGACCGGAGAGAUGAGCAAUACUGAAGAGUCGGAUGGCAGUGCUGUUCGCCGACAACUUCGAGGCGAUUUGGUCAUCGAAGGUUCUGAGGAGACGGGUGAAGACUUGGGGUCGGAGUCUAUGGAUCAGUUUGCGCUCACACACGACGACACUAUCGGGGCCACAUCACUUCGUGCAAACAGUGCGGCUCCUAUGAUGCAGCGCAAAUAUGGCAGCACUUCCGCGGCCCAACAGGCUACUUUCGUGUCGCAGGGAUCGACAGCUGAGCUAUCGACUCUCCCAGUCACCCAAGUCACACCGACCAAUACUUCCAGGCAAACAUUAACUCCUAAUCCCAGGCCAAAUUCUUUGUCAAAUGAGUCAGUGCCAUGGACUGCAACCCCGCGCGUCAGCCAAAGUCAGGGAAAUGCGCCGGUAUUGUCCACGGCUAAAAAGAAAGUAAGGCCACCAAAGUUGAAGGAUUCAUUAGCGAAACGACGACAACCCCCGUCUACCAAAAAGAAGCAAAAGGCCACUGACCCAGAACCCGAGCCGGAAGACGACGAAUGGGAAGUCAAAGGGCUUCUCGACGAUAAGUGGUUCCUCGGGGAUGGAGUCAAGGUUCACAAGUACCUUGUCCUGUGGGAAGGCGACUGGCCGCCUGAUCAGAACCCGACGUGGGAGCCAGAAGAAAACAUACAAGACCAGGCGCUCAUCAAAAAGUACCAACAAAAGAAGGCAGCCGGGUUACUCAAGUCUUCGCCUGUCAAGCGGCAGAAGACGCUGCGCCACUUCCUCUCGUCAACUCCGUACCGCACUGUCGCGGAGGCGUUUGCGGGGGGCAUCGAUGAGCAACCGCCACCUGUGAUCCAGGACACAGAUAGCGAGGCGAAGCUGCCUGAGGAGCAGUUCUUCGUGACCGAGAAUCUCGGGAGUGUUGGCCCUGCCAAUGAGUCUAGGCCAUCGGUGACGAAACCCAAGUCGGGAUUUCAGGUGUUUGACAAUACGUUGGCUCGGUACAACCGGACUUUUUCGCGCUGA